GUCCUUCAAACUUUAUUUAGAACUGCGAAAGGCCUUUAAUUACGAUAACCAUAUAAUAGUCAUCGUAGUCAUAGCAUUUAGAUUACAAAACUGCACAUUUCAAUAAGGACGAAUGAAUAAAAUAUUAAUAUCUCUAGUUCUUAGGCUGUGAAACAGAAAGUAAAGCAUGAUGUUUAUAUGAAUAAAAGAACUAAAUAACUUAUCAUAGAUUAUCUCUUCUUAGUUGAUACGAUAUCUCACAAUAAAUAUCUUGUGAUACGCUGACGAAAUAUCGCGAUAUUGCUAUCAUCCCUUAUAAUAAGUAUCAAUAUUAUAUCAACAGUGUGCUCAUUUUGUUAAAAUGUGUGAACAAGUAUGUGUAAAAUAAUGUGAUAUAUUUACAUCGAAUAUACGCAUGCGUUUAUGAUGUAGACAUGCUAAUUAAUCAUCACGCAAUUGUUUCUGAAAAUAUUAUGGCAAACUGUUCUAUGAAUAAAACUAAAUAAAACAUUCAUUUUAGUUAGCAACGAACACGUACAGUUAAAAAAUGUUUUAAUGAUCAUGGAUAUCUAUAUAUGAACAAGUAGGACAAUAAACUUGUUAAAAACAGGAAGACCAAUAAAACAUUUCAACAGUGAUCAGAAAAGCAAGUAUAGAACAAACAAAAGCUGCCGCACCUAUGAUUGUUAUCUAAAUUGUGAAACUGUGUGAUUUCCCAAAUCUAUAUUUAUCAAAAUUAACACGAAAUUGAUAACAGUUCUGUUUUGUAACAUUCCAAGUGCAUGAAUACAAAACAAGUAAACAAAACGAAUAUGGAAAACUGCGCUCUGGAAAAUGGCGUUUUCAACAGCUAAAUUUCAACCAAAGGUGAAGAAAAAAAGCAAAUUCUCCAAAGGAAUCGUUGCUUAUAAAGACCAAAGUAUAUCGUGAACUUUGCAAACCACAAAGAAUCGAAGUCAAGGACAUGACAUGGAAACCAACGACAGAUUUCAACAUCCUGCUUCUUUAUCAGGGGCUUCGACAAAUUUCUCCCAUCAGCCUAAUGCAAUGCAUUAUCAUCAAACACCUUCAACGAGCAACGGAGGUAACAACCAUGCACAGCUAUAUCAUAAAGUUCUUGAUUCAGAACAACUUCCAAUAAGAGAAAUGCGAUUUGGAGAUGGGAACAACGUUUGUGUUGAUGAACUAAAACCAAAACAAAGUCUUAACGCAAUGGAAAUUUCAUGCGGUGCUGAAAAUCAAUUACGCUAUCAAGUUUCGAAUAAUUCAAGGGAGCAGGACGGUCUUCAUUUAUUAGCCGACGAGACAAAAGAAUUAAAAGAUAAGAAAAAGAAGGACGUUCUAACAGAAAUAGAAGUGGCACGUAUUGCACGUUGUAUUGGAAGGGAUUGGGAAAUGCUAGCAAGUGAGCUAGGGUGUGGCCAGAUAGACAUUGAGGCGAUUACUAAAGAUAAUCCCAAUAAUAUGCGGAUGCAAAUAAGGGCCAUGUUGCAGGAAUGGAAAAACAGAAAAAGGCGCGCGGCAACCAAAGAUGCUCUCAAAAGAGCAAUUUGUAAUUGCAAGUCGCUUGUAGUGAAUUGGGAUGACCUUGAAGAGAUUAUUUGUUAACAGCUAAGAAGUUACAUCUUACAGAUGUUAAGAUGUAUCUUUACCUGACCAUUAUAGUUUGAAAGACGGAAUAAACCUGAAUGGCAACUAUUUAAACGUUACAUCAAUCAUCAUCAUCUCCAUUAUUAUCAUCAUCAUCAUCAUCAUCAUCAUCAUCAUCAUCAUCAUCAUUGACUGUGAGAAAUUAAAUUCAGGAAGGCAAAUAAAUUUGUCAUACUAGCAAAUACUAGUGAAUGACAUAUAUGGACCAUAUGGAUAAAGUUAUUAAUUUCCUUGUUGAAUUUCUAUCACAACUAACGUUUAUGUUUUUAGAAAAUAAAAA